ACUAAUAAAUUAAUAUAUGUUGCCGUAGCGUACUUUGUUUCGCCCACGUGCAAUCAAUCGCACGUGGUUUAUUACGUAUAUAAUUAUUGAAACGGAUGUUCCGAUUAUACACAUUAAUUAAUUUAUUGUGCUAUUUAUGUUUUUAAUUGUGUUUAAUGCAACUUUAUAUUUUAUUAAUAUUUCUUUUAAUUCGUUUGUAAAUAAUUGUUUUUAUAAGUGUGUAAGUUGUGUGAAGUAGUGCGAUUUUCUGCGAAGAAAAAUUUUAUAUAAAAUGGCAAAUUUUGUGGAGUUACUGAAUUUUUUCGAACAAGAUGAUAAACAAUAUAAUGCAUUUUUGCAAGAUUUAUUAACAUUUGACGAUGAUAUACCGUUUAAAACAGAAGAGGUAAAUACAGUAAAUGAUGCAAUUAUAUCCACGAUUAAUAUUCGAUUAAAUCAAGCUAAUACUCGAUAUAAUGGUUUGUCUCUUUUAAAUGCAUAUUUACCAAAAUGCUCGAAAGAUACAUUGUCAAAAUAUGGUAUCUUAUGGAUAACAAAAGCUACUCAAGUAGUGGAAAAUAUUCAUAGUAAUCCUCAACAUCUGACAAUAGCUUGUAAAGUUAUUGGAAAUUUAGUUAUACAAUGCAAAGUUAUUCCAGAAUUACAAAAACAAAUAUCAAUGCAAAAUGUUAAACAGCUUUUAAAUAUUUUGGAUAAUUUAGAAUCAGUAACAAACUAUGGUGCUACGUAUUAUCUUCUUGCUACUUUAUUAUAUCAUUACCCUGAAGUUUGUGAGCGGUUUCAGACAUUGAUUAGAAAGAUGAUAUUUCUUCAAGUAGAUGCUUCUCAAGCUAAUUUAGCUGAAGCUGGAGCCAAAUGUUUUGCUCUUUUAGUUAGAGCAACAGAGCGUAAUUUUAAACCACCUCCGACAAAAUUAUUUUAUACAUGUUGGACAUGUAAUCAAGCAUUAAUUUGCAAUAGUUUACACGAUAUAAUGGAUAGUCUUUUUUCUAAUCUAUUAGAAAUUGAAAGUGUAGAUAUUUGGGAUAAAUUAGAAUUAUCAAGUAUAUCAGAAGAAAAUAUAGUAGAAUAUUAUUCUAAACAAAAACAAAGGUUUACGAACUUAUGUUUAUACUUAUCUACUAUGUUACGUGGAUGCGAAGAGAAAAAUUCUGUGUUACCUGAUGAUAUUCUAAGAAUAUUAUGUCGAGGUUUAGCUAUUAAACCUAUGAAUUUGAAAAGACAAAAUUCUUUUAAAGAACAGAUAUUAUAUCUUAUUCUUCCCAAGUUACAUAUUAGUUUAUUCAAUGUUUUAAGUGCUCUUAUAGAGGGAUUUAAAAAAGAAUUAAUACCAUUUGGUUCCAUGAUUUUACAAUUAUUUCAUCAAACAUUAAAAUGGACAGAAACUGUGUUAGAAGAUCAAAAAACAAUUGCUAGCAGUAAACCAUUUAAAAAUAUAAGAUUAUCUGUAUACAAAUGUCUCUCACUAUGGUUAAUAAGUAACAAUUCAUUAUCAGGCUUUGAAACAAUCAUGGAUGAAUGUCUUUCUUCUAUACUUAAAGACAUAAUUCCAGAAAGAGAUCGUGUACUUCUGAAUAUUCAAAGAACAACAAAACAUUUAUCAAAGAAAGCCUUGAAACGUCUUAGAGAUAGUCAAUAUGAGAAAAGUUCAACUUUAAAUAAUACAGUUGCAACUAAAAAAAAUCCAUGUUUGGAUGCGGAUUUAUGUAUAGAGGCUCUUAUAACUUUACAAAAUAUUUUAUUUAGCAGCAGUACUUACUUGAAAGCAACACUUUACACAAACAUACAGAGUAUUGUUAUUCCACUUUUGUAUGAAUAUUAUCUUGGCUCACCUACAGAGACUUUCUAUAAGGAAAAAACACAAUGUCGUUUACAACUGUUAAAAAUAUUGAAAGAUUUGCAAUUAAAUUCACAUGGAUCAACUGCAUCUUCAACGCAAUAUGCAAUACAAAUUUUUGAAAUGGCUCUUAAUGAUUCUAAUUUACACAUUGUUCAAGAAGCUCGAUGUGCAUUAUCAGAAUUAGAAAAAAUUAUACAUCCUCUUGCACCAACUUUAUGUUUGCCUAAAACUGAGGAAAUAUCAAAUGAACGUGAUGAAAUUUGUAUUACUGAAUCGAAGGAACAGAAAAGUAUAUCAUAUGAAGAAUUUGCACCAUCGAAGAAGCGAUCAAAAAUAAUAGAUAUUGUUACACUAAAUGCUAAUGAGAAAGUGCAUCUAAAUUCAGGAAAUAAUGCUACAGCUGAAGUAGUAAAAAAAUCAAUAAGUAUAGAUUCUUCUAAAUUGGAAGAUAACUCUUUACAAAAAAGCAAAAGUAUUGUAAAUAAAGUACAAUUUAUAGAAGAAAGAAAUAUUGAAAGAAAUGUUGAAGAUGAAUUGCAUAAUAGUUUACGAAAAGAUCAAAUGCUUGAUGAAAUAGAAGAUAAACAAUUAAAGAAAAUGGAGAUAAAAUUAACAGAAUUGAAUGUUGAGGAAAAUUCUAGGAUAGAUCAUCCUACCAAUCUUCAACAAGGAGAUAAUAAUUUGGAAGGUUUGGAAGAGAAGGAGGAUGUAUUAAUGGAUGAUGAAAAAGAAAUGUUACUUUCUUUUCAUGACCAACUAAAAGAUAAUUAAAUACGGUUUUAUAGAA